UGGCGUUGAGUUGUGUUGUGUCAGAUGUUUAAAGUGCCUUUAAAAUCCCGUUGGAGUUUAACAUUCCACACGACCGUGACACUUUGGUUUGUCAUUUACACUGCUCUCGGUCUCGUCGAAGAUCGUUAAGUGAGGAAAAAAGCGAGGGCGUAUGUCAGGAGUCACGUGUAAUAUCGCUCUGCUAGUGGCAGUUUUACACUUAACCUCAGCUUUUCGGGGUACCGAACGAUCGUUUUUGAAUACUUGGACAAUUUUGUGGAAUCGAUGCUGUCUCGUUCGUGAAAGAAAGGAUCGUGAAUUUUCAUCGACUGAUCCUGAUACGGUAUCAAUGACGAUCAUUCGCAUCGUAUGAUAAAAGAAACGACUAGACAGUUUCGUGAAUUUCGGAUUCGAAUUCAGAUUCGGAUUCCGCCUUUGUAAGCUUUGUUCCUAAGGUGGUAAAGCAUUGUUCGUAAGCUGUUGAAUAUAUUGGAUUGAAUGCUGGUGAGAUUCACACCUGGGUGAAAUGCCUAAAAUAAGAACUAGGCAACCAAACAGCCUGUGGUUAAGGCAACGUGAAUUGGGCAUAAAGUUCCCUCUGGGACAUGCAGAUCGUUUUCACAAAACCCUUUACUCGUCUAUUCAACCUGUAACUUCUUGGGAUCAUGCAUUGUCUCCCGCUACGCAUGGAGGAGUCUUCAAUCUGGAAUAUUCUCCCGACGGUUCCCUCCUGUUGGCAGCAUGCGAGAGAAAAACGAUUUUAAUGUUCGAUCCUUUGAGAAGAAGAUUAAUUCACGCGAUAGAAAAUGCUCAUACCGAUUGCGUUAACUGCGUUAGAUUUUUAGAUCAACGUAUGUUUGCGACUUGUUCCGACGACAGUACAGUUGCCCUUUGGGAUGCUAGAAAUUUGAAACAGAGGAUCAGAACGCUUCACGGGCAUUCGAAUUGGGUUAAGAAUAUAGAGUAUAGUCCCAAGGAUAGUUUAUUACUUACCAGUGGAUUCGACGGUAGCAUAUACACUUGGGACAUUAAUACCUUUACUGAAAAUAGUAUUCUAUAUACUCGUGUGUUUCAUACGAAUGGACUGAUGCGAACUAGACUUAGUCCGGAUGCCAGCAAGAUGUUAAUAAGUACCACUUCCGGAUACCUCAUUAUUAUACACAAUCUUAAGUUAAGAACGUUAUCUCAAGACCUAGCAGGAUUUAGACCAAAUAUGUACCGAUUGAUGCAAUCGUCCCAGACUACGAUACCAAACGUGGCGAGUUUCACGCAUCUCUUUUCUCAUUCUCGUACACACAAUAGAGUAGAAUUUAUAACAGAUUUUCCGUUUGGCGAUGAUGCAGAGAUAAUAUCGAGUUUACAAGUGCAUCCUCAGGGUUGGUGUGCUUUGUCUAGGAACGUCAGUAACGGAGAGAAAUCUGAGUGGACAUGCAUACACGACAUACAAGAAGGCGAUGUAUCCGGUGGUAGUGCGGAUCAGACAAAAGAAGGGGAAGAAACGACGUCCCAGUUCAACGAUGUGAUCGUCGACGAAUUCGAAGAUUUCCCGCAACCUCAACCCUCUCGUUCAGGUAUAACGCCUCCUUUCUUAAUAGAAAGUCCAAAUCGUGUCAGGGUAGUUCACACCAUGUCCGACGUGAGAUCAAAUUCGCUCGGAUCAUCGGAGAACGCGCAAGCAACCAGAUCCUCGAGAACCGGUUGGCAAUCGACGUCUCGCAGAACGUCACGGUCUCAAUCGAGGAACUCUCGUUCGGAUAGAAACGCGACAAGAGCGAGUCUGAGCGCGGUCGAAGUCAGUUCGAGUUCCGGGUCUAGCGACUCUCGAGUAAGCGCGGACAGAGACGACGCCAGACAAGAAGAUAGAGACGUGUACGAUGCCAGCGAGAGCGAGAGCACGCACGAGGAGGCUUCCGUUGAUCCGGAUAGAGAUUUGGAACUGGAUUACAGAUCUCCGAGGCCAAACUCUCAUCUCAACUACUUGAGACCGCGUAACAUUAUCGAUAAUUUCUCGACGGGUAAUAUAGAAUUGCACGUAAGCACGACGGAUGUGUGGGAAGCGCAUGUGGCGAUCAGGGAAGCUAGACUUAGAAGGGAAAGAGACUGGCUUUCUAGAUCGAGCAAUAAUACCGUCGUCAUUAUCGGUGACAGGACUAGGGUUCAAAAUCAGAACAGACAGGGUCAGCAAACAUUGUACGCCAUCCCAAGGAAUCGUAUGAUUCACCAAAAUACGCCUAGGUUAACGCACUACAUCGAAGAACCGAACGUGGGUUCUGGUUACAUCAAAGAAUUGUGUUUCUCCGCCGAUGGUCGAUUGAUAUGUUCGCCAUUCGGAUACGGGGUACGAUUGUUGGCCUUCUCCAACGACUGUUCAGAGCUAUCCAACUGUGUACCUCCCAUCCACGAAUCGGUGCAGCUACACGAAUUGGCGACGAACGUCAGUCAUUCGGGUAUCGUGGUUAGCACGAAAUUUUCACCGAGACAUUGUUUGCUUGUAUCCGGCUGUCUUAGCGGAAAGAUAGUUUGGCACGAGCCAGUAGUUUAGU